AUGACACCGCAGAGGUACUACAGCAUCCCUGGGAUGAUUCUCUCUUGGUUUAGGUGCACAUUGGGCUCCAAAUUGGAGGGCAGUGUGGGUGUGAAAUGGGCUAAAGAUGUCUUGCAGUUGUCCUGUGACAACACAGCCCUGCCAGAGACUACCAAGAAGAAGAAUAUCCAGAAAAGGAAAGUGGAUCGCGGGGUGCUGUCAGAGAUGCUUUUCUGUAAAAAGAUCUUCGCCGCAGCCUUGUGUGUCUUCGUUUUGCUGCCAGAUUCAGGCUGUGCAAGGCACCUCUGGAAGCGUGCUCUACAGCUGAAAAUGACGGAGAAAUACGAUGAUUAUGAGUACCCUCUUCAUUCUCACAGUUCCCACUACCAGAAGAACGACCGCUGCCCCCCACCCCCCCAGACUCUGCCCGACCGCGCCUGCGAGGUGCCCAGCUGCCGCUCGGAUUCGGAGUGCGAACGGCACAAGCGCUGCUGCUACAACGGCUGCAUCUACGCCUGCCUGGAGUCCGUGCAGCCACCGCCAGUUCUAGACUGGUUGGUUCAGCCCAAACCCCGCUGGCUGGGAGGAAAUGGGUGGCUUUUGGAUGGCCCAGAGGAAGUCUUACAAGCUGAAGCCUGCAGUACCACUGAGGAUGGAGAUGAGCCUCUGCAUUGCCCCACAGGCUAUGAAUGUCACAUCAUCAACCCGGGUAACACGGCUGAAGGGAUCCCUAACAGGGGCCAGUGCAUCAAGCUGCGUGGAAAUCCAGAUGGACGCAACCUGAGGCAUAAGUACUACAAGGAAUAUUUUGGAAGCAAUUCCAACAACGUGGUUGGCUACGUGAAAAACCAACAGAAGCAUUUAGGCUAAUCAGAAGUGUGCCUGGCUGGACCAUUCUGUUAAGCAGCUGUCAAGGAAUGCUUUACCCAACAGUUUUCUGUUUUGGAAGAAUUCUGAUCCCAAAUCUCCAUGAGCACAUCUCCAGCGUUACCCUGAUCCCUGCCCACCAGUGAGAAAAAGACUUUGCUAUUCAAGGAACAGUUUGAGUCUAGAUUUUAAGCCUAUCAGCAGGGGGAGAAAUGUGAUCCCCUGAAAGAAACCACACCAUUUAUCAGCUGCCCUUCUACCCAUGAAAUGUAAAUACCUCUGAGCAGAUCCCUAUAAGCCACAGCACCAUUAUCAGGCUGCUGGAACAGAGCCUGCCCUUUGUGUGUGCAUUAUGUGACUGAUUCAGAUUUCAUGACCAUGAACAUAACUCAGUAUUAUAAAAAUGAAGUGACGUCAGGAUUGUACCUCCAUAUCAUAUCUAAGCUGCAUUAAAAUAGGCAAGAAUGUAAGGCUAAAGGGGCUCUCUGGAUCAAAUGCAGUGCCUACCCAUCCAGAGCAACUACUUUAAGUAAGCCUUUUCAUAAACUUCAAGUUUGAAGGAACCUGCACAUUUAUUAUUUUCCUGUUGAUACCUAUGGGUCACCAGGUUUGACACCCAAUUUACGAGGCUACACCUGAAUUUGAGAUGUAGAAUUUGAGGAAUUUAAGGAAUUUGAAAGAAUUCUUUAUUCCUUCUUAGGAAUUUGAGGAACUCUGAGCUAGGAGCAAAACAGGUUUUAUAAAUAUUUUUUUAAGUUAAUUUCCUUUAGCUUCUCAGUCUGCAGAUCGAGAGCUAGAGAUGAAAAAGAUUUCUUUCUACAAUAUCUAAGUGCACACACAUUUGCCAGUCUUUUUAACUUGUUACUUUUAGCCAGCACAGUUAAUACUCACAAAAUGUACAGCUGCGUAUUUGUACCUGCAAAACGUCGUCAAGAGGGCUCGAGUCUGGAUUAUUUGUUGCACGUAUUAGAAAAGAAAAAGCAGGAUAAAUUUGUGUGAUUAAAAGGAUUGUCUGGCAGAUGGGCAACUGCUUUUUGAAAGUCCCAUACCUUUACGUUGACUUUUAUAAAUCCUUAAGGUCAAAUUACUUGUAUCUGGCCCUUACAGCUUCUUUCAGCUGUUUGGCAUUAUAAAAUGGAAAACAUGUUUUCUAUGAAUGUUUUCCUUUUCUGUGGCAGUCCUAAAGGGACAGUUGCAUUUCAUUUUGACAAGUCUGCCAGAAUUGCUAGGCGAAAGAAGCCAUGUAUGCUCCCUUAUUUAGUUCGUGUCCCCAUCUGCAUGCAUAAAAUUAGCAUUUAAUAUGCAGAGUAGUAGCCCUCUAUAUAAAUACCCAAUUCACAAAUACAAGUGCCUGCUUCCACCCCCAAACUAUAAGAUUUUUUUUUUCCACUCACCAAAUGUUUUAAGCCAAAGCUGAGAUGCCUAUAAAACUCUUGAUACUUUGCAUAUGACUUUUGCAGCUGGAGAGAUGAAAGAUGCCAAACUACUCUUCUGUUUUCUAUCACAAACAGGCACGGUCCUUGAUGCUUUACAGAGCAAAGGAGCAGAUGAAGGGCUCCACGUUUUCUGAAAUAUCUUCAUUUCUUGAACUCCAUUCACUUCUUUGUGCCUUCAUUCCAAAUUCUAGGAUGGAUUUGGACAGAUCUGUUUCUAGACUUUUAUCAUAUACGGCUUCAUACAAAGAUAUCUUAACUCCUGCUGAGAGACAGGAAUCCUUCCAUACUUUAAAGUUCCAAUCUCAGUUUAGGCCAGAAACGUGCUGCUUUGCCACUGACGCUACUUGGCAACUUAAAGCAACACAGCUCAUAAUUAAAAGUCUUAAUGCAGCCUUGCUCCUUGGUGCUGCCCAGUGAAAUUGGUUGCCUUUUUCCAGCAUUACUUUUUGCAGAAAAAUCAAAUUCUGAUUAAAUGAGCAAAGCACUUCAGGGGUUACUGCGAAGUCCCAAAGAGUAAAUGCCAAAUUGAUCUGUUUUAAAAUAAAAAUUCUGUGCCUAAAAACAUCAGAGGAUCCAGUUGAAGAACAUGUCUUGAGCAUAUCUAGAUUAAAACUUCAGAUCUCAACCUAAUCUUGCAAAGCAUCCAGAAAUAUGCUUAAUUUGAGUGGACACAUUCACUUCAGGGCCUACUUUUUUGUAGCUACAAAAGCACAUACCUGACCACCUUGCUGGAUGAGAUGCAAAAGGAAUUUUAAAAAAAGAAAAUUGACAAAUUAAUAAUUAGUUGAUGAUUUUCUGUUUACUGGGUGUUAUCAAAGACAUCACCCUUCCUUGUGGUGCUAUAAUGCUUGGGGUGCUUUUUUUGCAAGUGAAUCCUUUCCAAGUUAUUAAUUGUCAAACUCGGAAACAAAAGCCACAGAAAAGACUUGUGUAAACGCUGUGUUUUCAACACCGACAUCCAUCACACGUUGAAAAGAAAACACAGGCCAAAUGAGUUGUCCUCUGCUUAUCUUCUCUCCAAAGCCAAACGGCUUCACAACGCUCUUUUGAAGCACAGUAGGACACCAUUGGUGUAGGUUGCUUUUAAGGUUCCUAUGUACACUUUAAAGCAUGUUUGGUGCUAUAACAGGCUUUACGUGUGUCACUGUGUGCUCGCAAUGCUCAUGGCCUUCCGGAUCCUUGAGUGGUGCCAGUGGAGCUGCUCUGCCCCACAGCAGCCCCAGGGAGACCCUUCCCGGUUUGUGCCCCCGGUGCUUGGACGUGUACACGUUCUGCCACGUUGGUGCUCAAUAAAAAAGCAACCAGUAUAUUUUUCAACUCCA